CCUGUUCCCUUAUCCUCGUUUCAUUAGAGCCCUCGUCUUAUUUUCUCCUCUCUCUUUCACACACACACGCACGCACGCACACAAACUGGCACGAGCCAAUCCUUAUAUAUCCUCUCUACCACAAUUCAAAACCCCAAACUCUCUCUUUCUCUCACACUCACACACAUUCACUAACUAGAAGAUGGGAAACCUUAGGAUGGCACUCAUAGUGCUCACACUAGCCCUAUGCCAAUUUUCACAACCAGGAGCCGCCCAACUCCGGAAGAACUACUACGCCAAGAGCUGUCCCAACGUCGAGAACAUCGUGAGGAAAGUCGUAGAGAAAAAAUUCAAGCAGACGUUUGUCACUGUGCCUGCCGUUCUCCGCCUCUUCUUCCACGACUGCUUCGUUAACGGCUGCGACGCAUCAGUGAUCGUAGCAUCCACAGCUAACAACACGGCCGAGAAGGACCACCCGGACAACUUGUCGCUCGCCGGGGACGGGUUUGACACCGUGAUCAAGGCCAAGGCAGCUGUCGAUGCUGUGCCACCGUGCCGGAACAACGUGUCGUGCGCCGACAUUCUCGCCAUCGCUGCAAGAGAUGUCGUAGCACUGUCUGGUGGACCAUCAUACGAGGUGGAGCUCGGGAGGCUGGACGGCCUAAGCUCGACGGCGGCGAGCGUGAACGGGAAUUUGCCACAGCCAGUGUUCAAUCUGGAUCAGCUCACGGCUAUGUUUGCAAAGAAUGGCCUUUCUCUGAAGGACAUGGUGGCUCUCUCAGCGGCACACACAUUGGGAUUCUCGCACUGCGCCAAACGUAUAUACAGCUUCAGCCCACAAAGUUCAGUUGAUCCAACUCUGAACGAGGGCUAUGCGGCCCAGCUCCAGUCCAUGUGCCCCAAGGGUGUAGACCCAAGAAUAGCCAUCAACAUGGAUCCUGUCACACCUCGAACCUUUGAUAACCAGUACUACAAGAAUCUCCAGCAUGGCAAGGGCCUCUUUACUUCAGACCAGGUCCUCUUUACCGACCCCCGGUCCAAGCCCAUUGUCAACUUCUGGGCUCAGAGCCCAUCAUCUUUCCAACGGGGCUUCGUCUCUGCCAUCACCAAGCUGGGCCGGGUCGGGGUUAAGACCGGAUCCAAUGGCAACAUUCGCCAUGACUGUGCCAUCUUCAACUAAGGGAAAUAAUCUUCCUCUCGAUGUGAAUUUUGGUGACAAUGCAACUGAGAUAGUUUCUAAAUUAGAUACUUAUUAAUGAUAAGGCAUGUCGAAGGCAUGGGGCUACUAGGUUGGCCGGACCGGCGAGUGGAUUUUUUUUUUUUUGUGGUUUUGAUAUAAUAAAGGUGAUCUAAGAACAUGUCUUUCUUCUGUUGUUGUUCUAUUUUGCAUGAUUAUGAAGUGGGAAUCACUGAUCAAACUCUUAUGUUCUUUUUCAUGUAAAAUUAACCUCUGCUUGGCAUUUAA